AUGAAGUUCGCCGUCUUUACCAUCAUCGCCACCUCGGCCCUGAUGAUCACCGCCGUUCCCCUUGCGUCCCCGCAGAACAAGAACAUCGGGAAUCCUGCCCUCAAGAAGGGCAGUACGCCUUGUAGCCGACGUGGUGCUAGUUACGAAAACUGCAGACCGGGAUGCGGUGGUUCUGGUCCGAACCCUAAUCCGAGCCGUGGAUGCAACAAGAUCACCGGGUGCCGUGGAGGUCCUGGGGCUAAGAAAGGUGCGAAUAAGGCGCCUUGA